CCCCCAUUCCACCUCCUCAACUCUCAUCUAGCACUUUCCACGUGCAACUUCCUCAAUUGCAACUCAGCAGUCGUCACAUCGAUCAUUGUACCUUCCAAAGCACACAAAAGUUCUGUCAGAACAGAAAGUACGAUGCCUGGUGUUCUCACACGCAAGACGCGGACUCCCCGCGGCAAGCUGGUCUCGUCCAGCGCGCCUACCACACCUUCUUCAAGCUUCACCAAGCUCUCAAAGUUGGGGAACACUGGGAAGGAAUCAAUCCAGACCGCCGUGCCGUUUACGGCGCGUAGCGCCAAUAUCGAAAUCGUCCUCACAUCCAAAAAGAGGAAGCCCCAAUACGAUGAAGUCGAGUCCACAUCCAAGAAGCCGUGUCAGGAGCCCGAACCCCGGCCAGUCGCGCCUGCUACUCCUGUAUCAAAGAAAAGGAAGAGCGUGAGGUUUGCUGAGACCCAGCCUACCGCGAGCACGCCUAGCCGCACAGCGACCACUUCCUCAUCCAACCGGAAGCGCAAACUCCAUUCGGACGAAACCAGCCAAGCGGGCGCGCUGCUCGAACGUCUGAGCCUCCAGCCGUCUCCCAUCAACAAGCGAAGCAAGACUACCGUACACCGCCGCGCUCCUCACAAUGACUUCGACCUGCCCAAGGAGCUCCUCGACCUCCUGGACCUGCACGCUGCCUUCCUCAGAACGCUCGGCAUGCAGUACGCCCACAAUGGCACGGCCUCGCCCAUCGACCUGCGCAUUCUUUACUCAAGCGUGACGCGCACCUGGGGCAAGCGCAUGGUGACACUAGACGACAUUCAACGGUUAAUCGGCGUGCUCUCCUGGAAUCCCACCAAACCCACCAGCUGCAGCUGCAGCAUCGCCCAGCCGACGACCGCGGCUCCCUUCUCUCUCUGCGACUAUGGCCGCGACAAGAUUUGCAUCGAGUUCCAUGGGGACUCUUCUUCGCCCAGCCCGCUCCGCGAACCCAAGCUCAACAUGGACUUUGAAGCGAACCUGCGCACGCUCUGGCUGAGCCGCAGCAACGACCAGCCUCCAACCAUCUUCAUCAGCACGCUGCCCAAGGCGCCCAUCAAGCCGGGCGCUUCCGCCGCCUUAGUCUCCGCCAAAACCCAGACAACCCUCAACGCGUUCAAGCAGAGCAUCGCCCUCAAGAAACAACAAGACCAAGAAGCCAAAGCCGCCCAAGCACAACUCACCACCGAAUCCACCACGGGCACAGGCGCAGGCGCCAAAAUGACGCUCCUAGACCGCAUCCGCCUCAAGGAGACAAUCCUCUCCCAACAACAACACACCCAAAACAACAAGCCCUCCCCGGCGGACCUGCAACGCCGCUCGGCCCUGCAUCGCGCAGCCGACGUGGCGGCGGUCAUCGGCAUGCUGUGCAAGGCUCAGGGCCAGCAAGGGCGCGUGUCGUUUUCGAUGGCGGCGCUGAUGGUGCGGCUCAAGGACUCGGUGCGGACGCCCGCCUCGCAAGAGGACGCGGCGGCGUGCGUGAGGCUGCUGGCGGAGGAGGUGGUUCCCGGGUGGUUGAGGAUUGUGAAGAUUGGAGGGAGGGAGAAUGUGGUGUGUGAGACUGCGCGGCAGCCGACCAAGGCGGAGGUGGAAGGGCGGGUGAGGGUUUUGUUGGGGUAGCGGUGUUUUUGUAUUUUGUCAUUCCCGGUGUUGACGUGGUGUCGGGUGGAAUUGUUGGAUUCUGGACUUGUAUCAACUGGUGUGGUUGCUUGGCUUGACACGGUUGUAUCUUUUAACUGGAGUUAU